ACGAACCCCUCUCAUUGCCUCCUUCCUCCUCAUCAUUACCAAAUAUCAUCUUCCAACUCUCUCAGAUUAGGGUUUUCUAUUUCAGAGUUUUUUUAUUUGAUAAUAAGUCAUCUGGAUCUGGUUUGAAAGAAGGGAUUCAUAAUACGUGGUCUUGAUCUAAAAUUCAUAUUAAUAUAACGUGUGAAUGAGCUUAUGAUGGAAUCGAAAGGUGGUAAUAAAAAGUCGUCGUCUAGUAGUUCCUUAUUUUACGAAGCUCCCCUCGGUUACAGCAUUGAAGACGUUCGCCCCAACGGUGGAAUCAAGAAAUUCAAAUCUUCUGUCUACUCCAACUGCGCUAAGAGGCCAUCCUGAGUUGUAGCGUGCACCGAGUCUCCAACUAUAGUUAUAGUUUUCUUUUAAUUUCCAGUUUAUAAUUUACUUUCUUCAAAGCUCCGUUUCUGCUUGGUUCCCCAAUCCAAUCGUUCUCUCCUCUUACUACAAGGCGACAUGGCUUUGUCUGCAAUCGGUUUCGAAGGCUACGAGAAGAGGCUCGAGGUCUCUUUCUUCGAGCCAAGCAUCUUCCAAGACUCCAAGGGCCUGGGUCUCCGUGCUCUGACCAGGUCCCAGCUGGACGAGAUACUCACUCCCGCCGCCUGCGAGAUCGUUUCUUCUCUCUCCAACGAUCACUUGGACUCUUACGUCCUCUCUGAGUCCAGCUUCUUUGUCUACCCCUACAAAGUCAUCAUCAAGACUUGUGGCACCACCAAGCUCCUCCUCUCCAUCCCGCCUCUUCUUAAGCUGGCCGGUGAGCUCUCUCUGAGUGUCAACUCCGUCAAGUACACUCGCGGCUCCUUCCUCUGCCCU